AUGGAAGCCUGGCUCUCGUGUGGAGCCUCCAAGACCUCCAAAGAUUUGCAGUCUUCGACCCACGGUCUUCCAGCCAGCCCUCAUUCACAGAAAUCAGCGCACCGAGCCAAAAGUGAUGUGCCACGUCAGAGUCUCCGAGCUUUGGUGCAGCUGCAUGUGGUUCAGCAAUAUGUGGGAGGUGUCACGGUUCGUGUCUGCGACGGGGAGGCCGCACGGCAUCCAGGUCCUAUCAUUUUCGCCCAAAGAAGCAAUUGUAUGACGAUGAACCAUACACAUGAGCGGGGCCAGAUGCAGGAUCCCUCCUCUGCAGGCUUGAAAGAUCAGCUGAACGAAGAUGGAUCCGGUCCCGUCCAAACCCCGAGUGGACAAUGCAUCAAGCGAGAGAGAGAAAACCCAAUUCUGUGGCCCGUGUCCCUGGGUGCAGGAGGUACCAAUAAUAGAGCCUCAGUGACGCGACUGUUGCCACCCGGGUGA